AUGGCGAAGCCAAUUCUCAUAUCGGGCGGUGGCCUCUCGUCCCUGCUCCUCGGCCAAUCUCUGCUACGCUCCAGAAUCCCUUUUCAAAUAUUCGAGCGGGACUCCUCGUUCGUCUUCCGCGCGCAAGGGUACCGCCUCCGGCUGUCCGUCGAGGGCCUCGACGCCGUGGAGUCCGUUCUCAGCCCCGAGCUUUGGGAUCUCUUCUGGAGCAAGAGCGGCAAGACGGGCGGCGCCGGGCUCUCCAUCCUCGACGCCGUCACCGGCGAGUCCAUCGACGAGACGCUCACCGUCGGCAGCGGGCUUUCCUCGCGCGGCGGCAAGGUGGUUGGCAUGGCGCGCGGCGACAUGCGACAGAUCUUCGCUAAGGGCCUGGAGAGCCACAUCCAGUGGAACAAGAGAGUCGCGGGCUACGAGCUGACCUCCGGCGGCGUUCGCGCCGUCUUCCAGGAUGGGAGCAAGUCAGACGAGGGCGCGCUGCUCGUCGCCGGCGACGGCAUCUACUCCAAGGUGGCGCAGCAGGUGUCCGGCGGGCGGCUCAAGACGUACGACACGGGCGCGCGCGGCAUCCACGGGCAGGCGCCGACAACGUCGUUCCGGGGCCUCGGCGAGGGCGUCUUCUCGCUGCGCGGGCCGGACGGCGUCAGCAUCAUCACCAACGUGCGGCCUGGCGAGCUGGACGACCCGAGCCUCGUGUUCGGGUGGACCAUGACCGGCCGCCCGGGGACGAUCCGCGCGCCCAACGACGACUACAGCAUCGUCGGGCCCGUGGCGGCGUCCAUCGCCAAGGACCUGACGCAGGGCUGGCACCCGCGGUUCCGCGCGCUGGUGGACGGCAUGCGCGAGGAGGAGGCGGCUUUCUGGAAGAUUACGUGUUCGAGCCCGUCGGGCGUGCCGCAGUGGCCGAACGAGCCGAGGGUGACGGUGAUAGGGGACGCGGCGCACAGCAUGACUCCGGCGGGCGGGCUGGGCGCCAACACGGCGCUGAGGGACUCGGCGCUGCUGGGUCGCUUGAUUGGCGAGGCAGGGGGUUUUGCGGAGGGCCUCACGGCGGCGUACGAGAAGGAGAUGCGCGUCUACGGGAGCGAGGCGGUGGGCCAGAGCUACGGGCUGGCCAGCAAGCAGUUUGGCAUUCACAUUGAGGAGGGCAGGACAAAGCUGGCGUGGUAG